GCUUUCCGGCUGAUAAUACCCAGUGGAGCCAACUGUGUCCUGUUUAACUAAAUAUACCAUUUUUAUUUAACUGAAACUUUUAGUGUUUAUUCAAUACGAAACCCUGCACAUCCGAGAUGUCGGAGGAUUUGGUCAAACAGCUGAGUAGCUAUAAAGCGCAGCUAGCUCAAGUAGAGGUUGCACUGUCAUCUGAUCCAGAAAAUGAAGACCUUCUUAAACUACAGAAAGACCUACAGGAAGUCAUUGAUUUGACAAAAGACCUCCUGACCUCACAGACAGCUGAAGGGACGUCUGCGAGUACAAACCCUGCUCCUAUUAAACACAAAUGGAAGAUUGGGGACAGAUGCCUUGCAGUGUGGAAUACAGAUGGACAGAUGUACGAGGCCGAGAUUGAAGAGAUAGACCGGGAGAAUGGCACUGCAGCAGUUACCUUCAUCGGUUAUGGCAAUGCUGAAGUGAUCCCACUACAGAACCUCAAACCCGCUGAAGAGGGUACUCUUCCUGAAGAUCCCUUAAAAGCAAAGUCUAAAAAAGAGAAGAUAGCAGAGCAGCGUGAAUACAAAAAGAAGAAGGCUCAAAAGAAAGUUCAACGGAUGAAGGAGUUGGAGCAAGAGAGGGAAGAACAGAAGUCCAAGUGGCAAAUGUUCAACAGCAAGGCUUUGUCCAAGAACAAAAAAGGACAGGUCAAAAGGAGUAUUUUUGCCUCUCCAGAAAGCGUUGAUGGAAAAGUGGGAGUGGGUACAUGUGGAAUUGCAGACAAACCCAUGACCCAAUAUAACGACACAUCAAAAUACAAUGUCAGACACUUAAUGCCCCAAUGACCUUGUGUCAGUGACCUUGUGUGUCUAAUAUUUCACUGUGUACCAGCUUAUACUAGUAAUUCCCAUUGUGUUGUAUGAUUUAAGUUUGCGGGCAAAGAAAGAUUUGAUUUUUACUGGCUCGUACCACAUUUAUCGCCAACUGGAUAAUAUAUGUUCUAUAAUGGGAUCAUAAACUAAGAGGAUUUUCAAUGUAGCCAGACUCCCUGUUGGGUACAAACAAGUGACUGUGUGUAGUGAACAGCUUAAGUAGAUACCUGGUUUCACAGCAGUCAAAUACUUGCCUAGUAUACAUUUAUGUAUAACGUUAUGGCUUUAUGGUUUUAAAUUAUGCAUAUUUUGGAGAGCCAGUCCAGUGAUGUUGGUAACAUUUUGUGACUGCUGAGACCACAUUUAAAUUGUACAUAUACCACUGAAAUAAAAUUGUGUUUUCUGGUUUUAUAUAUAAAA